UGUCUCAAACCUAUACCAGAUUAGGCUGCUCGCUUGAGGUCUCCUCAGCAACCGGCUCAGGCAGUACAGAGGUCUGCCUUAGCGCAGAUGUGCAGGCUGUUUCGUUUUGUGCCGGGCUCAGGCAGUUUAGAGGAGUCCCAGUGCCUCAAUGAUGGGACUCCAGAAGUGAGGGAUGCAGCCUUUGGCAGUAGUGGCUAAGUUGGUUGGCAUGAGGCCUUUAGAAAAAUCGUUGGAGAAACUGGAUGACGUUAGAAAAAAGAAGCUUUCAGAAAUGAUUGGGGGUUCUGGAGCUGGUUCAGUUGGUUCAAUCUCAGUUACAGUUCAAACUUCUAGUGGAAGCAUUUCUUUUGCAGCGGCUUCUGAAGGAUCAUUUGUUAAAAAAUCGGCAGUAAGCAUGCUUAGUGGGAAGAAACUUGUUCAGGCUGUUCCUGCUAGUAAGAAAGGAGGGGCUAUAAAAUCGGGUGUCAAUAAGAAAGGAGAUGCUGUUGGACAGUUAAAAACAUCCAAACCAGCUGAACCUAAAGACGUUGAGGUGCUAUAAAAGAAUCGGAGGAGCUUGUGACACAAUCUGACUAAUUCUUUACCUUUGGAUACAUGGAUCAGAGAAUGGUGAUUGACACUUUGUUAUUCCUUUUCAUGCAUGUGGAGGACUCCAAAACUUGUGCAGAAAAUGCCUACCAUACAGGUAAAUCUAUGGAUUUGGUUUUAACUUGGAUGAUUUUCAUGAUUUCCCCCCUCCCCCUAAUAAUGAUAAAGGACCAUGUAACAACUGUGGAAGGAUGGCAAGAAACAGGCAGAUGCGUCCUACUGGACCGAAAGCUGGUGGUUCUCCAUGAAAACAAUAACGGUUACUGUGUAAUACAUUGGCAUGAAAUUUUGUUUGUUCUUCUUGAAUGGCUAUGAGAUGUAUUGGUAAGUUGUAUAGGGAAGAGGAUUAAAUCAAAUAAAACUAAGCUGUGUGUCACAACCAGAAUUUACUUGCACCAUAUUUUAUGUAUGUUCUCUUGAAAUAAAUACAUUUGUUUUUUUUUUUUUUUUGGUAUUUGUGUUUGCAGUUUGAAGGCCUAUUUUCCUUUUGUUACUGUA